AUGACAGUCUUUGUGGUGGCUGUGACUCAGGCUCGUGUCAUGAGGUCUCAUGUUGCAGUUUUACCUCUAAAGGUUUCAAUGAACAUAACUGCUAAAAAAUCUGAAAUGAAAGCUGCCAGGACUCUUGGUGUUGUUAUUGUCGUCUUUCUGUUGUGCCUCUGUCCGUAUUAUUGUUUUUCACUCUCAGCUUCAUCUGUAACCAUUUUAAUAUGGUUGUUAUAUUCUAACUCCUGUCUCAACCCUCUGAUCUAUGCCAUUCUCUACCCCUGGUUCAGAAAAUCAAUCAAGGUCAUUGUUACACUUCAGAUACUGAAGCCUGGUUCCUAUCGGACCAACGUGCUUUAG